AUGAUCAUUGCUUUAGCUUCUCAGAAACACUGGAAGAUUUUUCAGAUGGAUGUGAAGAGUGCAUUCUUGAAUGGUAUACUAGAAGAAGAAGUAUAUGUUGAACAACCAGCAGGAAAUAGCUUAGAUAUGAUCAAUGAAUUGAGGGAGGAUAUGGUGAAGGAGUUUGAAAUGAUAAAUCUUGGAUUAAUGUCAUAUUUUCUUGGUAUUGAAGUACAACAAACAGAAAGAGGUAUCUUUAUUAAUCAACAUAGAUAUGCAGAUGGAAUAUUGAAGAGAUUCAAGAUGGAUAAUCGCAAUCCAAUUUUAACACCAGUAGAAGAGAAAUUGAAAUUAACAAAAUAUGGAUCAGGAGAACUUGUGAAUUCAACAGACUUUAAGUGUCUUGUUGGAUGUCUCAGAUAUUUAACUGCUACAAGACCAGACAUUAUGUAUGCAGUUGGGUUAGUGUAUGGGAUGUCGUAG